AUGAAAAACUUAGGUUUGAAUCCUCCGGAAAGAAUAAUUCGCUACAAAUGGGUGAUACGAAUUGUCGUGGUCAUUGUGUGCCUCGCCUUCUGGAAUAUGGUCGACUAUAAUAUACGUGCGCUUAAAGCGGCAGCGGCCCGCUCUGAGGAAGAUGUAAGUGUCCUUAAUUACGAAGAAGUAAUAUUCCAAAAGGUCUUGCCCGAAUCAAACUACUAUUAUUUUGACGAACCCCUUCAAGAAAUGUUUAUUAGUCAAGAAGUAACUGAUAUAGAAGAGCAGACAAAUCUGAAGUAUUGCGGCGCUUCCACAUGUCGGUUUUUAUUUCCAGUUUUUGUAAAGGAGCAAGAGUCCAGGGCACGACUACACAUGAGGCGCAUAAUGAUGUUGGCAAAAAAAACCAAUCGAGUAUUAGUCUUACCUAAUGUCGGGGAUGCAAGACUAGGUGCAUGCAAAUCUUUUCCAUUCGGUUUUUAUUACUCUAUCGACGUAAUUCAACAGUCUCCGAACAUCAGAGUUAUUACACAAAGUCAAUUUCUGUCGUGGAACCAGGAGAUGAGAGAAAUAAAUGCGAAAAUACCUACAGCAAAGAUUGUCUCGUUAGACUGUAGUUACAAGAUUAAAAAAGAGCACAUGGAGUCGAAGCGAAUCAAUCUCGAAACGUACAAAAACUACAGCUGCAUGCAACCGUUCUCUUUGGAUUACGAAGACAAAAUGCUCGACAUACGAACAAGAAAAACGUUUAAAGACCGAGCUCAAAUCGCACAAUUUGUUACCGAUGGUCUUCGAUCGGUUCAAUCAGAUGUCCUACUAAUGCAAUAUAGUUUUACCAGAUUUAAUUAUCCAAAUCUUCACCGAAUGGCUCCUCCACUUAAAUAUGCGGAUCAUCUUAUUGAGCGGGCGAAGAGUGCUGCAUCAUUAAUACGCCCAUACAUUGCCAUUCAUUGGCGGAUGGAAUCGGCAGAGGCGGGCAAUCUAGUUAAUUGCAGCGUUCGUCUUGUGAAAUAUAUAGAAUGGAUUAAAAGAGAGACGAAAAUAAAAAAUGUGUAUAUCGCUACGGAUUAUCCUUUUGAUGGUGGUAGGGCUCAUUCAGGAACAUUCCAUUCACUUACGAAUGAUCACCACAAGGCAGCAAAUGUAUUGAAGAACAAUCUCAACUUUUACACCUGGACGCACCUCAAUUCUUCUCUGUCAACUUUUAACAACACAACAUUUUUAUCGAAUAAGGAAGAAGCUCCUAAGGAAAGGGAUCGUGAAGACUCUGGAAUAUUAGGAACACUCGAUAAGUUGAUGUUGGUGCACGCUAAUUGGUUUAUUAGUGGCCCACCUGGGUGUGCAAGAACGCAGAGUUCCUACACUGCCCAAGUACGAAAAGAAAGAUUUGCACGAGUGAGAGAACAAGCGACUGUCGAUGAACUAUCAGAAAACGAUUACUUGUUGAACAUUAAAGAUAUGUGGUAG